GAUAAUUUCGGCGCGACGGCGUAAUUAUGAAGGCUAAAAAGUACUUCAUCUUCAACAAGAAGGUACUCUGAAGGCAUAUUUUCGACGGUCCCAAUCGUCGCGAUCAGGUGCAUUUCUACUCUGUCACGGGGAAAUAUCUACAUAUAUAUAUAUAUGUAUAUAUAUAUCAAUAUAUACAUAUAUAAAUAUAUAUAUAUAUAUAUAUCGAGACCCCGAGGAGGAUUUCUGAUUCCCCGAGAUCCCGGAAGGAAGAGAGAAGCGCGCGAACGUUGUUCGCGAAAUCCGGUCACCCGGAGAACCAGCCGCGUCCGAGUCACGAAGGGAAGAGGAGGCGGCAAAAUCGGAGAGGGUUACACGCGAGCCUGGGGCAAACGCUGGGGACGAUCGAUCGAUUACGAGGGAGGAGGACAGGAGCGCGGAAUAACUCGGAGUGUUUUUCUCGCGGCUGCGAGAGCUUCCUCUCUGUCUGCCUCUCGACCUCCCGUUUCAAUCGUUUAAUCCGCAGGAAACUGCGGUCUGCUUUGAAGUCCUCCCGCCGAGUCCGGGAAAAAGUAUAACAAUCAAGACGAUCCAGCGAGAGAAUCCAAGAGAAGAAGAAGGUGGGGAAGAAAGUCGUAAGGAGGAGAGAGUCGACGAUCAAUCGUCGAUCAAUCAUCGCGGAGGCGGUAAGUGGUGGGUCGACGACGAGCGACGACGAGGACUCACGUGGGGGAAUAAGAACUCGGGACGGCUCAACGGGUGGAUCCGCGGUGUUUGUUUCAAUGAGACAGGGAGAUGAGGACGAGGAAGUCGUUGCUGCCGAUCGUUCUACUGUGCGUGACGAUGGCGAGCCUGGCGCUCGGCCAGGAGAAGAGGCCGAAGGCGAUCGCGAAGCACCGGGAUAAAAGCGCCAAGGGCAAGUACGAGCCCGAUUACGUCGACAGGACUGGGGAUGAUGACUUCGAGGUUUAUUACAACGCGAGCUCCUCGGAUGUCAACAGCUACGAUCCCGACCUGGUCCAGCUGACCGCCUACAGGAACAACCGGGCCAUCGAGAACUCCAAAUCCACGGAUGUCGGGUCCAAGAACAAUCAGCAGUCUAGUCAGUCGUCGAAUCUGCCGAAAUCGCACAUGAAAUCGAGCGAGGAGGUGGGCGGACACGAGAAAGGACGGAAGGGAUACAAGAACGUGACUAUAGCGGACGGGAUCUGUCAGAGCAUCGACAUCAGGAACAACGUGAAAUUCUUCACGAUAUUGAAGGACUGUCACGUGAUCGAGGGCUUCCUGCAGAUCGUCCUGAUCGAGAACAACACCGAGGCGGAUUUUGAGAACGUCACCUUCCCGGAACUCCGCGAAAUCACCGGAUACUUGCUUCUGUAUCGCGUCGACGGUCUGAAGAGCCUCAGCAAACUUUUCCCGAAUCUCGAGGUCAUCCGGGGCGAUAUACUCCUCACGGAUUACGCCUUCAUGAUUUACGAGAUGAUGAACUUGCAAGAGAUCGGUCUCACCAGUCUGAGCAGGAUCUCCCGGGGCGGCGUCCGCAUCGAGAAGAAUCCCGCUCUCUGCUUCACCAGUACACUGAAUUGGAGCCACAUCGUGUCGGCUGGCGAGAAUUUCAUUAAAGACAACAGAAAUGAACAGAAUUGCCCGUACAUGAAAGGAUGUCCUCACUGUCCUGGCGGCAACUGCUGGACCGCUCAACACUGUCAGUUGCUAGAGAGGUCUAAAUGUCACGAACAAUGUCUCGGAAAGUGUGUCGGGCCGAGCGACACCGAGUGCUACGUCUGCAAACAUUAUCGACAUGCUGGAAGAUGUAUCGAAAGCUGUCCGCCUGAUUUAUACGCGUAUCUGUCGAGACGCUGCAUCAGCAAGGACGAGUGUCAGAAAAUGAAUCAGUUCAGGAAAUUUUCUAAAACGGACGAAAUAUGGCGGCCAUUCAAUGGCUCCUGCGUCACUCAGUGUCCCGACGGUCACGAGGACGACAUUAUCGAGAAGAAUGUGACAAGCUGCCGGGUUUGCAAAGGUCAGUGCCGUAAAAUCGGAAACGGCGCUAUAAUACGUCACAUUUCAGACGCCCAGAGCUUUCGCGGUAUAACGGUGGUGAAGGGUGCCCUGGAGUUUCAAAUCAGAAACGGGAAUCCGAAUAUAAUGAACGAAUUGGCGGACGCGUUCAGUCUGAUCGAGGAGAUAACCGAGUACGUGAAGAUAACGCAUUCCUUCCCGAUCACGUCGCUGAACUUCUUCAAGAAGCUCAAGGUGAUCAAGGGUGAAAAUCUGGACAUCAAUAACUCGAGCUUCGUCGUCCUGGACAAUCCGAAUCUCUCCUCGCUCUUCCCGCCGACGCAGAACCUCACGAUAGAGAGAGGCAGACUGUUCUUCCAUUACAAUCCCAAGCUCUGUCUCACCAAGAUCGCGCAAUUCGCUAUGAUGGUCAACAUCAGCAAUUACACUCAUCUCGAGGUACAACCGGAAUCGAACGGCGACAAAGUGGCCUGCAACACUGUCAAUAUAAAUAUCAAAGUGACGAAGCGGGGCACGGAUCACGUGGUGCUGAGCUGGGACAGUUUCAAGCCGCCGGAGGGCCAGCAGCUGCUCAAUUAUCUGCUAAAUUAUAUAGAGACCGAGAAUGAAAACGUAAUGUACGAGUCGAACGCCUGCGGUAAUAACACGUGGGAGAUUGUGGACGUCGGCGCGUCUAGCUGGAACUCGACCGUCUCGAAGCACAUAAUGAAUUUGAAGCCGUACACCAAGUACGCCGCGUAUGUAAAGACGUUCAUCACGAGGAAAAAGAAUAACUUGUACGAGAAGGUGAAUUUGGUGGGUCAGUCGGAUAUCAUCUUCUUUCGAACGAGAAGCACGAUACCCUCGGUGCCGACGAACGUGAGCACGAGCGUGAUAAGCGACAGCGAGAUCCUCCUCAAGUGGGCCCCGCCGGUGUAUCCGAACGGUCCCAUAGGUUACUACAUGAUCUCCAGCACGAUUCAACCGGACGACGAGGAGCUGAUCGCUUCCCGGGAUUAUUGCGUCGAUACCUUGGUCAGCGAGACCGAGGAGGAGAUACACGAGAUGACGAUCAAGACACCGCUUGUCGGGAAUCCGAAUUCCUGCUGUUUCAAGGACGCUAACGCGAAACUCGCGACCUCCAAGCAAUUCGAGAUAUUCUGCCACACAAAUAUGACCAUCAGCUACUUGUCGCCCGGCUGGAAGGACUAUUGCGUCUUCAAUACCUACAAUUCGCCGGAUAGUAAGUUCUACGAUCUGGCGAAUAACCUGUCCUCGACGGAGGAGAGUCAGAAAGGGACGACGAAUGUCACUUCCACCACCGCGGGCAGCAAUAUCGCGAUCAGUCAGACAGACGGCGAGGUGUUCACGUACAACGUCAGCGUUGGAAAUAAUUCGUUUCACCUGAAGAAAUUACGUCACUACUCUCUGUACAUCAUCACGAUCGCCGCGUGCGGCGUGAAAGUCGACAGCGACACGGAGAUGUGCUCGUCUAUCCAGUACGCGAACGCCCGGACCAAGAGGCGACCGAACGCCGACGACAUUCGCAACGUCAAGGUUCACGUGACCAACGAGACGAUCGUCGAGGUGAUCUGGGAAUCGGUCAAGGAUCCGAACGCGUUCACCGUCUCCUAUACCAUCGAGUAUACGAAUCUGGACGUGAAAGACGCGAAGAAGAGCACCGAGUGUAUCCCGUACACCGGCCGCAAGGACAGGUACAACAAUCAUUACAUCAGGAACCUCAGUCCGGGUAGGUACAGUCUGCGAAUGCGCUCGACGUCGCUGGCCGGUGACGGAACCUUCACCGCCGUGAUCAACUUCUCCGUCGGUCUGUCGGACAAUAAUUAUAUAAUGGUAGCGAUAGUGAUCGUAUCCGGGCUAUUCAUCAUCCUGCUCGUGAUGAUGCUCCUACUCAGGAGUUACAUGAAGAAACGGACGCAGGAGCGUUUGAUAGCCAGCGUGAAUCCGGAUUACAUCGAGACCAAGUACAUCGUCGACAGCUGGGAAGUGCCCAGGGAAAACGUCGAGAUCCUCGAGGAAUUGGGACUGGGCAACUUCGGCAUGGUGUACCGAGGCUACCUGGACGGUACCGUGCAGGUGGCGAUCAAGACUAUCUCGGAGAAUGCGAAUCCCCGGGAGAAGAACGAGUUCCUGAACGAAGCCUCGGUCAUGAAGAACUUCUCCACCUGGCACAUCAUCAAACUCCUGGGCGUGGUCUCCCAGGGUAAUCCGCCGUUCGUAAUCAUGGAGCUGAUGGAGAACGGCGAUUUGAAGACGUAUCUACGCAGGAUACGCGACACCCAGAUGGUGCCGAACGCGUCCAGGAUCAUGCGAAUGGCGGCGGAGAUCGCGGACGGUAUGGCUUAUCUCGAAUCGAAGAAGUUCGUCCACCGCGACCUGGCCGCGCGCAACUGCAUGAUGUCCAAGGACCUCGUCUGCAAGAUCGGCGACUUCGGCAUGGCAAGGGACAUCUACGACACCGAUUACUACAAGAUCGGGAAGAAGGGUCUGCUGCCGAUACGCUGGAUGGCGCCUGAGAAUCUCUCCGACGGCGUCUUCACGUCCGACUCGGACGUCUGGUCGUUCGGCGUCGUCCUCUACGAGAUCCUCACCCUCGCCGAGAUCCCGUAUCAGGGCUUCUCGAACGAGGAGGUGCUGCACCACGUGCUACGCAAGGGGGUGCUCCAUAUACCUCGCAACUGUCCCGAAACGAUACAGAAGAUCAUGGAAAAGUGUUUCAAGUGGCGGCCGAGUGAGCGGCCGACCUUCAUGGAGAUCAUCUCCGAGCUGGAGUCCUUUCUGAACCAGGACUUUGGCGAGAAGUCCUUCUACCACUCGGCCGAGGGGAUCGAGAUACGUAUGCUGGGUGAGAAGAAGGUCUACCACAACCCGGCGGCGAUUCGGUUCAACUGGGGCCACGAGACCGCCAGGUGGGUCAAGGACUUCGAGGACAACGUGACGCUGCUCGAUCAGAUGAAAGCGGGCACCAGUCGCGGCCGGAUCUUCAAGAAUGGUUUCCAGCCCUUUGGUAAUGUAACUAACUUCGAGGACGUUCCGCUCGAUCGAUGAGAUUAGUCGAGAGUUAUAUAAUAUAUAUAUAUAUAUAUAUAUAUAUAUAUAUAUAUAAAUAAGCGAGAGAAAAGAAUCGCGCGCGCGAGAGAAAGAUCGACGCCGCUUGAAGCCCUCGCACAAGAGAUUCGCGGAAAAACCUGUAGAUAUUAACUGUACAAACAAAUACUCAGGGCAAUACGCGAGCGGUCCUGUUGACGAGGGGAAAGAAAGAAGAUAUGUUACCAAGUCACUCGUUCGGCAACAAGAGCUUCGUGUCCUUCUCUCGUUGCGGACCAAACGUAAUUAGAUCUUGACUGGUGGAUAGCAAUGCAAGGAGGGAAAGAUGAUGUUGUGUUCGUAAUAUAAUAAUUGAAGCCAUCGGAUAAUGUAGAGAUACGUAGGCUCUCGUAGUGUAUUUCUACCCUUCAGCCUACCGAGGAAAAACAACCCGCAUUUAUCCGCGUUUUUUUUCUCUUUUUUGAAAGUCGAAGUCUCACCCUCUGCCAUGUAUAUCGACUGUUCAUUCCUUUCAGAGUUACUUUUCUUUCUAUAUAAGUUCUGAAGGAGCUAUUCCCGACCGUUGUUUUAAGGAUAAUCAUGAAAUUCGCUCAAGAAGAAUUAUUUCGUUUUCUUUCACUCUCUUGAUGCCGGAUAAUCAAGGAUUAGGAUUUUCAUUCCACUCUCGAUUGAUUAAAUAUAGGAAUAUUUGAUCAACGUGAAGGGAAAUUUCGAAUGAAAAUGCACAUUAAUUAAACACACGUUAAUUAUCGAUCUUGUCACGAGCUUAUCAUCACCAUCAUAAUCAUCAUCAUCGUCAUCAUCGACAUCAUGAUCAUCGUCAUCAUCAUCAUCAUCGACAUCAUUCUCAUCAUCCAAACACGAGCAGCUCCACUCCUGUCCUGAUCAUUUCGAGGAAUGCUAUUUCAGGAUUAAUUCUCGAGGCAGACACAGCGCGAGAGAAUGAUGAUUUUACGCAAACCAGAGUUCCUUGUGUCCGUAAACACGAGACGUUAUAAUCUCAAGGUUGUAAAUAGUUACUCUAAUUACAUACAGUUAUUACCAUAUAUAUAUAUAUAUAAUAAGCUAAUAGAACCGGAUGCA